AUGACGCUGUUUUCUCCUAAAAUCCAGAUGUCUACACCUCGGCCGGUCAAUGGACCACAAUACACACGCCCCUUAGUGGCUUUGCUCGACGGGAGAGAUUGUUCUAUUGAAAUGCCCCUUUUGAAGGAUGUGGCUACAGUUGCCUUUUGUGAUGCAUCUGCAACAAGCGAAAUUCACGAAAAAGUCUUGAACGAAGCCUUCGGAGCUCUCCUUUGGCACACAAUUAAACUUAAUCGAGAGGAUCUCAUAAAAUUCAAGAGCUUGAAAAUCAUUGUUCGGAUCGGAAGUGGCUAUGAUAACGUAGACAUAAAAGCCGCCGGCGAGCUCGGUAUUGCUGUUUGUAACGUGCCCGGCUAUGGUAUUGAAGAAGCAGCAGACACUGCACUGUGUCACAUACUGACUCUUUAUCGUCGGACUUACUGGCUGGCCGAGAUGGUGAGAUCGGGAAAACGAAUAAGCAAUCCGGAACAAUUGAAAGAAGCUGCUGUGGGGUCAGCAAGGAUACGUGGUGACACCUUGGGAAUUAUUGGUUUAGGACGGGUUGGUUCUGCCGUAGCUUUGCGUGCACAAGCCUUUGGUUUCCGGGUCACAUUCUAUGACCCCUACCUGUCUGACGGAAUAGAACGUUCCCUUGGAAUUGAACGCAUAUUUUUUCAUUUACUUCUCGUUGGCAUUAUCCACUAUACCGUAAUACUUGCCUUUUUAGGUGCCUUCCUUAUAAAUACCGCGCGCGGAGGGCUAGUCGAUGAGGCUGCGCUCGCUGCAGCUCUGAAGAGUGGCUUCAUUCGGGCAGCUGCACUCGAUGUCACCGAUCCCGAACCAUUCGCACAGAACAGCCCGCUCAAGGACGCGCCAAACCUUAUAGUAACACCCCACAUGGCCUACUACAGCGAAAACAGUAUGCGCGAGAUGCGGGAAGCAGCUGCACAUGAAAUACGAAGAGCGGUGACCAGUCGCAUUCCGUCAUGCCUCCGAAACUGUGUGAACAAGGAGUACCUUAUGGGCGGGAUUUGCGGAAGCUUAAACAACCACCCAGCCCUCGGCGGUCCUGGUGCGGGGAACACAGCGGCUGCGGUUGCAGCUGCCCUGGGUAUUUCCUCAUUAACAGGGUCUUCUAUCAACUCGACCGUUGGUCUACCACCACUCCCGCCCUCUCUUCUGGGGGCUGCCGCCAACUUUCCCAUAACAAGCAUCGGUGCAUCUUCGUCGGGAAACGGUGGUGUACCGUCCGCCGGUGGUAUUCUGACCAACAGUGGCGGCCCAACAACAAUCCCCGCCUUGCUCCCACCCUCCGGAAACCCACACCUCCCUCAAAAUGCUAUGGCUCCUUACGCCCCCUUUCUGCCUCCGGGACUGACAGCCGGAAUGGGGUUACCGCAGCUGAAUCAGACACCUAUCUCGAGGCCAGGAAAUAGUCCAGCAUCCAACGGCACCGGCAGCACACCAUCUUCUGGCUCGCCCUCCGUUACCUCUGUCCCAAGCGGAAUUGACAACAUGCACGCCAGUCUUGCUGCAGCCGUGUCUGCUUUUAAUCCAGGAGCUUCGGGUUUUCCGUUCUCGAGCAUGGUAGCUGCUAGCAAUUCCAUGGUAGCACCAAAGAACGAGGAAUUACAAAGGCAGUAA